CGUAGUCGUGACGUAAUCAAAGAGAGACUUGAGUUGAGGUUUUAAAGAUCUGAACAUUAUUGGUACAUACAUGCAUGGUUAUCGUAUUCAUAAUUUAAGUGUUAAGAAGUCAAGUGGAAAAUAUCUGAAGAAUCUACGAUGGGAUCGUGGUCAGAAUAAGUGGCUCUAUUUGAGAAAAAAACAGCGGCUUUCAGCUCCGACUGCAUAUAGACCUGUAUGGAAACACAGAAUGUGCCUUUCACACAUCAUUGACCAUGAGGAUACCAAAGUUGGCCAGUGUCUUUGUCUUUGUGGCCUGCCUGAUGGCCUACCUCAUGUUUGUCAAGCGCCAUUAUGACGGUGUUAGACCAGCAGUCUCCAAGCUGCCUCCUCUCUUCCGCUCCGUAACCGGCGGUAACAACAGGCCCACCCCAGAGGUGGUCAGAGGACGUUUCCAGUAUGGGGUCAUGUUUGAUGCUGGGAGCACAGGGACAAGGAUCCACAUCUUCAAGUUUCAAGUGGAGCACAAUGAGGCUCCGAAAUUGGCACACGAGACAUUUAAAGCGAUAAAGCCAGGUUUAUCUGCUUAUGCUGAUGACCCAGAUAAGUGUAAAGCAGGGAUCCUGGAGCUUUUGAAGGUGGCAGAGGGUACUGUGCCCUCCUCCGCCUGGAACAACACUCCUCUGGUCCUUAAAGCCACUGCAGGACUCCGGCUCCUGCCUGGAGAGAAGGCUACUCACCUACUGGAACAGGUGAGGGAGGUCUUCCAGCAGUCUUCAUUUCUGUCCCGGGACGACAGUGUGUCCAUCAUGGAUGGCACGGAUGAAGGAAUCUCUGCUUGGCUUACUGUCAACUUCCUAAUUGGGGGUCUCCAUGGUUUGGACACAUCCACUGUGGGAAUGCUUGAUUUGGGCGGAGGCUCCACCCAGAUCACCUUCUCCCCACAGGAUGAGAAAACCAUCCAGACCUCGCCCUUCGACUAUAUAACAUCAUUUCAGAUGUUCAACACUACCCACACGCUUUACUCACACAGCUACCUUGGGCUAGGCUUGAUGUCGGCAAGACUAGCAGUCUUGGGAGGCAUCGAAGGACAGUCUACAGAGGGCAGCCUUGAGCUGGUGAGCCCCUGCCUGGCGCCUGAAUACUCUGGCCAAUGGGAACACGCUGAGGUCAGGUAUACUGUCAAGGGACAGAAAGCAGGUGAGCCUAUAUAUGAAGCUUGUUUGAGGAAAGUAGAGAAGAUGCUCUACAAGAAGGUGGAGAAAGCAGAAGAGGCCAAGGACAUGGACUUUUAUGCCUUCUCUUAUUACUAUGACAAGGCGGUGAACAUGGGAGCUAUAGAUGAGAAAGCAGGUGGAACCAUAAAAGUCAGUGACUACAUAAAAGCUGCCGAAAGAGUAUGCAACAAGAUGGAGACUAGUCCAGCAGAGAAGCCAUUCCAGUGUCUAGAUCUGACCUACAUCUCCGUCCUACUACAGGAACUUGGCUUUCCCAAAGAUAAAGUAUUCAAGCUUGCGAGGACUAUUGAUAAUGUGGAAACUAGCUGGGCUCUUGGGGCCACGUUCCACUACAUUGACUCCCUGCACAGAAAGUGAGCCGCCCACUGUCCGGCAGUCCUCCUCGUGUUCAUUGAAUAAUCGAUGCACCACCAUUCAUUAAGUAUGCUCUGGGGAACAAUGUUUAUCAGAAUGUAAGCGUCAGUCACUAAAGGCUGUUUCUUUUCCUGCUUUUAAAUAGCAGGUAUGAAUGUGUUUUGUACUUUUGAAUGAAUGUUUCAACUAAUCGAGGUACUGGUGUAGUUUGAAGAAGCAUAACUGACAUUUAAAUAUAAAAAAGCUUACAGUAUAUAUAUAUAUUUAUAUAUGAUUAGUUGUUACUGUCCAUUCUCCAAUGUUUAGUUCAGAAUAAACUCAUUUUUGUAUUUA